AUGAGUGACAAGUCUUCUGUUCCAGCAGAGGCUCCUGCUGCUGCCGCAGGCGGCGACGUCAAGCCGCUGGUGGGCUUCCUGGGCCCUCAGGCCUCAUACACGCACCAGGCAAGUAUCCUCACGCACCUUUCCACCAUCCCCCCUUUCUUCUUGGCCCUGCCCCUUGCCCGCCUGCUCUCCCCGUCCCGCUGCACCGGGUCUUCCACUCCGUCUGACCGGGCCUCAGACAUCUUCGAGGUCGUGCAAGCCGGCGAGGUCGCCUUCGGCGUCGUCCCCGUCGAGAACUCGACCAACGGGUGCGUGCUGUUCACCCUCGACAACUUCGCCGACCGCAACGGCCUGUACCCGGACAUCUCGGUGUGCGGCGAGAUCUACCUGGACGUGCACCACUUCCUCGUCGGCCGCCGGCCGUCCCGCGCCCUCGACGACGCCGUCGGCCCCAACGACGGCUCCGGCGCCUGCACGCCGACGGCGUCGGACCCGAACCCUCUCAAGCCCCGGACCAAGCCGCUGUGCAGCCUCAAGCACGUCCAGCGCCUGUACUCGCACCCGCAGGCCUGGGGCCAGUGCGUCGCCUUCCUGCAGACCUACCUCAAGGGCAUCGAGGCCAUCGACGUCAGCUCCACGAGCCGCGCCGCCGAGCUCGUCGCCGCCGACGAGUCGGGCACCAGCGCCGCCAUCUCGAGCGAGAUCGCCGCCCGCAUGCACGGCAUCGAUGUGCUGGCCCGCAGCAUCGAGGACCGCGAGGACAACACGACGCGCUUCUUCAUCAUCCGCAAGCAAGGCGGCCCGCCGGCCAAGAUGCCGGGCCACUGCGAGCGCAAGAGGGGCAGGACCAAGUCGAUGGUGUCGUUCACGGUGCCGCACGAGGGGCCCGGCGCGCUGGCCGACGUGCUCGACUGCUUCCGCCGGUACAAGCUCGACCUCACGAGCAUCAACAGCAGGCCGAGCCUGACGGCGCCGUUCAACUACGUCUUCUUCGUCGAGUUCCAGGGCCACAGGCUCCAGGACCCCGACGGGCGGGUCAAGGGCGCGCUGGAAGGGGUCGCUCAGGUGGCGGAGAACUGGCGGUGGCUAGGGAGCUGGGAGGACCAGCGGUCGUGA